GUUCAUCAUGAUGAACUUUUUUCAUCUUCACUUGGAUCGAUAGAUAAAAGAAAGAGGAAAAAGAAAGAGAGAAAAGUAGAGAUACUAUUAAGUGGGUAUUCAGUCUUGCGUAUUGUUGAUAUUUUUUCAUCAGGGAGUUGAAUUAACAGUGAGCUUGGAUUGAUUGUUGUUGUUCAUGUUGAUUAGCUGAUUGUUUUUCCUUUAAAUCCACAAUCUAAUUGUAAGAUGUGGUUUUUUGUGAUAAAUUAUCUUAUUAGUUUAAUUGUGAUCAGACCAGUAAUAUGUUUCAUACCCUCCAGAAUACCCACUCAAGGGCUUCCCAAACCACCAGGAUUUGACCCCAACCGGUUGGAUCAAUCAGUAAGUUCAUCGUCAUCAUCAUCAACUGAACCACCGUUGACCAAGCUUCAUAUUGGUGGACUGUUCCCAAUGACCGGGACCGGGGGUUGGCUUGGAGGUCAAGGUUGUCAACCAGCGGUCGAAAUGGCCUUGGAAGAUGUCAACAGUAGGCCAGAAAUACUUCCAGGUUAUUAUUUGUCAUUAACACCAAAUGAUAGUAAGUGCGAUUCGGGUUUAGCUUCGGCUCUACUUUACGAGUUGGUUUACGAACCUCCGACCAAGAUAAUGAUUCUUGGCGGAUGUUCAAUUGUCUGUUCGACGAUCGCUGAAACAGCCAAAAUGUACAAUCUCGUAGUCUUUGGUUAUGGUUCCUCUUCACCCGCUCUAUCCAAUCGAAGUCGCUUCCCCACCUUCUUCCGUACUCAUCCAUCAGCGACGAUUCAUAAUCCAACUCGAGUUAAAUUGUUCACUGAAUUUAAAUGGCAACGAAUAGCAAUCAUAUUAGAAGCGGAAGAAGUUUUUGUUACUACUGCCAAAGACUUAGAGUAUCAAUGUAAAAAGGCUGGAAUCGAGGUUCUAACUCGAGUUUCUUUUCUAACUGACCCUUCGGAUGCGGUCAAAAGUUUAGCUCGUCAAGAUGCUCGUAUCAUUGUCGGCAUUUUUUACGGCGGUGAAGCUCGGAAGGUGAUGUGUGAGGCCUACAAGCAAAAUCUUUACGGUAAACAAUAUGUUUGGUUUCUAUUGGGUUGGUACGAGGAUAAUUGGUACUUACCCGUUAAAGGAUUGAAUUGUACCAAAGAGGAGAUGCUCAAGGUUGUUCAGGGUCAUUUUACCACUGAGGCCAUCAUAUUAAAUCGUGAUAAUAAACAAACUGUCGCUGGAAUCACUGCUCAACAAUGGCUCGAUAAGUAUCAUGAUCGUUUACAGAAAAAUUUGGGAACAUCAAUAAGACCCGAAGGUUACCAGGAAGCGCCUUUAGCUUAUGACGCAGUUUGGGCUGUGGCCUUGGCUUUGAAUGCGACUAUGCACAAAUUGAAGAAACGAGGAAUCGCAAUUGAGAGUUUCAAUUAUGAGAAUAAGUUAAUUAGUCAAGAGAUUCAACAAUCAUUGAGAGAUACUUUCUUCUUGGGAGUAUCGGGUGAGGUUAAAUUCACUGAUGAAGGUGAUCGUAUUGCACUUACACAAAUUGAGCAAAUGGUUGAUGGGAAUUACAAUUUACUGGGUUAUUAUGAUACUCAGGACGAUAAUUUGACCUGGAAAAGUUCACCCCAAUGGCUUGAAACGGGAUCACCGCCAAAAGACCGGACAGUUAUCGUUGAACAAUUAAAAACUGUUUCACUUUCCUUUUUUGUGACUCUCAAUGCAAUCGCUGCAAUUGGAAUCGUUUGGUCAAUCGGAUUGAUUUGUUUCAAUUUUAAAUUCAGAAAAUUUAGAUACAUUCAAAUGUCUCAACCCUUGUCAAAUUAUAUUAUGCUAAUCGGAUGCAUCGGUUGUUUAUCAACGGUCAUCCUCUUUGGCCUGGACAGUCAAAAGAUCAAUGCCAGAGAUUUUACCAAACUUUGUCAUUGUCGAGCAGUGUUACUUUCGAUAAGUUUCUCCCUCUUUUUUGGUGCUAUGUUCACGAAAGUUUGGUUCGCAUAUAGAUUAUCAACUCAAUUGGAACAAUCGAGUAAAUCAAAGGUUGAAAAUGCUCAAGUUGUCCUAAUGAUCUCGUUAUUCUGUCUCAUCGAUGGCGCUAUUCUGGCCUGUUGGUUCAUUAAAAGUCCAAUGAUUAGAAUAACGGAAAAACUGGAACAAGAAGAUGUCGAUCCAAAUGAUGAUAACAUAAAGAUUGUUCGCUCCUUGGAACGAUGUGAUACCAAUCUGGUUUGGUACUGUGUUCUUUUCGGGUACAAAGGUCUUUUGUUACUGUUUGGCCUUUUCCUCGCAUACGAAACCCGAAGUGUCAAAUUGAAGCGACUCAACGAUUCCCGACUCGUCGGAAUGAGUAUUUAUAAUGUCGUUAUCCUUUGUAUGAUAACUGGGCCAGUUUCACUCGUAAUUGUGAAUCACGUUGAUGCUCAUUUCGCCUUCAUAACGGUUACCAUAAUUUUUUGCUGCUUCAUUUCCAUGGCUCUCAUAUUUAUACCGAAAAUCGUUGAACUUGUCAGGAAACGAGGGUCACAUUUAUCGUUCGGCGGUUCUUACAUGAACGGAACUUUUCAUGAGACAUUAACAAUCCAAGAACAAGAAGAGAGAUUGAAAAAGUUAACAUUAGAAAACGAAGAGCUUCAGGCUAAAAUCGCAGAGAAAGAAUCACAAAUUGAUGAGGUUCGUAAGCAAAUGGAGGAAAUUAUGAAAAAGAAAGAGAAUGAACCAAAACACCCUAAAAAAGCCGUUCGAAUACAAGAACCCGAUGAACCGAAAACCAUAGGAACAAUUCAUGUCGAUCCAGCGACAGAUUCGGGCUACCAAUCAGCUCGAGGUUCUAAACCUUCAGAUUUUGAAAUUUCGGAAUCUUAUUUAUAAUCAAAAGAACAAUUAAAAAUCCGAGAAUCAAUUAAUCGGGAUCAUUCAUCUCACCGAGAAAAACAACAACAAAACUCAAUCACCUGAGGAAAAGGAUUAAAGAUUAAGAGAUUAAAUAAUUGACCCCUAAUCAUAUAUUCCCAUUAAUCCACUGAUUUCAUAGAUUCUAAAUUAUAUUCCAAUUUUAAUUGGUUACUUUUAAUUUGAUAACAAUCAAUUACUCUCAUCAAAUUCUGAUAAUCUCUUAAUCUCUUAAUCUCUCUAAUCCUUGAAACCUUUUUGUCAUUGAGAGCAUUUUAUUAUCAUUGUAAUUAAAAGUCUGUGAUACUUUUACCCAUGUUGGUAGUUAAUAAUUAACAGUUAACUGUUUUAAUCAACUUUAAUCAUCUCAAUCAAGAAUUAUAAUAAUUCAUCAUCUAGUUAAUUAUUCAUCUUAAUUCAUCAAUCUCAGUGUUCAUUGGUAAUCAAUUUCAUCUGAUCAACUUUCAUCUCUCAAUGACAAUAACCUUCACUGUCCAUUGUUAAUUAAUCACCUGUUAAUCCUGUCAGCUAAUUGAACAAUUAAUUGAUUUAAUUGUGAUUUAAUAUUCCGAUACGAACAAAAUAACUAAUAUCAGAUCAACAAUUAAAACUCAAAACAAUCAAUGAAACUUGUUAAUCAAACCAAAACUCUUAAUCCUUUGUAAAAUUAUCAUCAACAGUUGUAUUGUCACAAUUUACUUAAUCACAAUUAACUUGGUUGUGUUACUAUCAGAAUUACUAUUAAUAAUUAUCAAGCUUAUCUAAUUCACUCUAAAUUGUUAUCAAUUCGUCCAACAAUCAAGAAGAUUAACCAUUUUUUAAUCACCAUAAUCAACAAAUUGUUUUUAUUAUAAUGCCUUCAAUUGGAUCAUGAUUAACACUGGAAACAAAUUGUCUAAUUAAUUGUCACUCUAGCACUCUAAUUGUAAUCAAACCUCACGAAAGUUAAUUAUGAUGGUUAAAAAGGGAAUUAUUGUCAAUUGGAAAUCUUCACAAUUAAUUUAAUCAUUGAUGCACUUUAAUUAUUAGAGAUAAAUGAAAAAAAAACAAACUUCUAAUUAGAUGAAGAGACAAUUUAAUUUAAUUUAAUUUUCUAAUUGAAAAAAUUUUCUUUACAGUUGAAACAAUAACUUCCUCUAGGACUUUAUUCAUCAGCAAUUAACUGUAGUUUAAUUAACACAAUUUAUAAACAAUUACUGGAAAAUUUUCUUACUUUACUCCUUGUAAAUUAACUAAUUACAUAAACGAUAAUUAAUUAACACAAAAUCGAUGAUUUCUCUCUAUGAUUGCGAUAAAAUCUCAUUAACCUUUGGUGACCUUUCACCUCUGGCAAUAUGAUAUUUUCUCAAGUUGAUUGUAUCAACGGACUCGAAGAUAUUAUGAUCUGUCCUCGAGUUCGCGAUUAGAACAUUUCG